AUGUUAAAGAUUUGGUCCAUGAAGAAGGAGCAGCAGAAGGCUGAAAAUGCCGAUGCUGCGGGAGGCAAGAAGAAGAAGGUGACGGCCGCGCAGCUCCGGGUGCAGAAAGAUCUUUCGGAACUGUCUCUUGGCUCCACCAUGAAGACCGACUUUCCGGAUCCCGAUGACAUCCUCCACUUCACGCUGACCAUCGAGCCCGACGAGGGCAUGUACCGGACCGGACGCUUCACGUUCACGUUCGACAUCAACCAAAACUUCCCCCACGAGCCGCCAAAAGUCAGGUGCAAGGAGAAGAUCUAUCACCCCAACAUCGAUCUCGAGGGCAAGGUGUGCCUGAAUAUCCUGCGCGAGGACUGGAAGCCCGUGCUCAACUUGAACGCGGUCAUUGUCGGACUCCAGUUCCUCUUCCUCGAGCCCAACGCCUCCGAUCCCCUGAACAAGGAGGCCGCAGAAGACCUCCGACUCAACCGAGAAGGGUUCAAGCGAAACGUUCGGACCGCGAUGGGCGGCGGCUCUGUCAAGGGACAGAGCUACGAUCGUGUGCUGAAAUAA